GCGGCCCGGAGCGGCGCCGGGCAGAGCCGCGCGGCGUGCAGGCGAGCGCAGCGGGCGCGCGUCCCGGGCACCCCACGCCGCUGUCUCGCUCGCUGUCCGCACCAUGAAGCACAUCCCGGUCCUCGAGGACGGGCCGUGGAAGACAGUGUGCGUGAAGGAGCUGAACGGCCUCAAGAAGCUGAAGCGGAAAGGCAAGGAGCCGGCGCGGCGCGCGAAUGGCUGUAAAACUUUCCGAUUGGACUUGGAAGCUCCCGAGCCUCGCGCCGCCGCCACCCUCGGGCUUCGGGACAGGACCCAGAGGCUACAGCCCGUCCCGGUCUCUGCCCCGGUGCCAGCCCCAGUGGCGCCGGCUGUUCCCCCAGGUGGGGGCGCGGAUACUGGAGGGGACCGCGGGGGCGCCCGAGCGCCGGAGGUCUCUGACGCGCGGAAACGCGGCUUCGCUCUGGGCGCAGUGGGGCCGGGACUCCCCACGCCGCCGCCGCCUCCAGCACCCCAGGGCCAGGCACUUGGGGGUCCCGAGGCACAGCCUUUUCGGGAGCCCGGCCUGCGUCCCCGCAUCUUGUUGUGCGCACCUCCUGCGCGCCCGGCACUGUCUGCACCCCCAGCGCCCCCAGUGCCCUCGGCGCCCGCGGACUCCUCGGUGCGUCCUGCGCCCCCCACGCGCCCGGGGGAAAGUUCCUACUCGACAAUUUCACACGUAAUUUACAAUAACCACCCAGAUUCUUCUGCGUCGCCUAGGAAACGGCCGGGCGAAGCGACCGCCGCCUCCUCGGAGAUCAAAGCCCUGCAGCAGACCCGGAGGCUCCUGGCGAACGCCCGGGAGCGGACGCGGGUGCACACCAUCAGCGCAGCCUUCGAAGCGCUCAGGAAGCAGGUGCCGUGCUACUCCUAUGGGCAGAAGCUGUCCAAGCUGGCCAUCCUGAGGAUCGCCUGUAACUACAUCCUGUCCUUGGCCCGCCUGGCAGACCUCGACUACAGUGCUGACCACAGCAACCUCAGCUUCUCCGAGUGUGUGCAGCGCUGCACCCGCACCCUGCAGGCCGAGGGACGUGCCAAGAAGCGCAAGGGAUGUUGGGAAUGCUCGCCUGCGGCCACGUUGCAGAUGAGGCCCGCCUUCCCGCGUGCGGGGUGUCUGGCAGGAGGGGGCCAGUGCACACGCUCCCUCCACCCUCCGGCCUUGGCCCUGCUGCCCUUGGGUCCCAGCGGGAUCUCUUCCCCUCUGUCUCCUCGCCUCCCCAACCCUGGUUUGGGGGCUGGAGCUGCACCAGGCCUGAGGUCCUCCUGCCUCCUGGAGUGACUGGCUGCAGACCAGCUGGGACACCGUGGUGGCCUCUUCCAAGAGUGAGGAGAAGGUGGACACACGAAGCCAACCUCGUCCCUCUGCAGGAUGCUCUGGGUCGGCCCCCACGCCCCUCAGGGCUGUCCAGGCUGGGCAGCCUGCCCCGCCCUCCUGCCCUCUGCCUGGCGGUCACAGUGCACUUUGCCCUCUGCCUGUGGGAGGCCCAGUCUUCCUCCCGCUCAGGUCUGGAAGCUCUUCAGCUGCAGAAGUUCAUUGCCAAAGAUUCAACAGAGACACCGAGCACAAGGGGCUGAAGCCCAGCAGCCAAAGGCCACAUUGUGGCUCUGUGGACUUCGUCCCUCCUGUUGCCAGAGUCCACCUGUCUCAAGCCAAAGAUGAGCCAGCAAUUCCACCGGGAGCCUGAGAAACAGAGGGACAGGGUGACCCUCGAGAGCACUUGGCCCACAGAGCCAGUGCGGUCCACACAGGGCCCUGGGCUGGCGAGUUCAGGAGAAGCCUUCUUGGGCCUGGGAGGGAGGCAGGGAAGGGGCCAAGGUCCCUUCCCUUGCUGCCCCACCCUGGCCACCCAGACUCUGGCCCUGAGGAGUGGCUGGGGAGAGGUGGCAUGCUCUAGCCGGGCACUAGCCCAAGGCCACCUGCCCAGGGGACAUGCACGCUGGUGGCCCUGCCAUCUCCCCAGGCUUCCUUGAUGCAACGAGUGGCGGCCUGCAGAGGCCGGUGGUCUGUGGCAGGCCAGGUGGGAGGGGGAGGACGACGGGACCAGGCGAUGGCCGCGUAGGGAGGGUACCUAGGCCGGGGCCAGCACCCUCUUAAGCUCACAGGCCAAAGCUGCUCACAUGUGUUCAACCAUCUGCUUCAAAUUGAAGUAAAAGCCCGACAUGUAAAGCACACUCCUGCUGUGCUCAGCGGAUUCUGUGGCUGGGAAGCUGGGGACAAGGUGGCCUCAUCUGAAGGUGGAGGGCCCGAGGGUGGGGAGCAUGAGGGCAGAGGAUCCACGUGGCCUUGGCCAGGAGUGUCAGGAGGGCAGGAUGCCUGACCCGGGUGAGGAGCCCCACGCUUUUGCCUUGCAACCUUCAGAGGGUCCUUUGCUAGAGACUGAGCCCAGGAGACCAGCCAAUCCGUGACAGGGCCCGUCCUCAGAUCAGGAUGGCCUCACUUAGGACCCUGUACUCGAAAACCGUUCCUGGUCCUAUUGCCAGGCCCAGUCCACCCUCCUUGGGUGGCCUGAGACCAGACAGUGAAAGCCCACCGCAAGGAGGGAACCGAGGUGCGAUAUAGGAAAGGACUGCCCAGGGGAGGUGGGGCCAGGGGCAGUGGCAUGCAGCCACGCUGGCUGACCCUCACUGAAGUCCAGCUACUCCCUGGGCCUCCAGGGGCAUUUCCAGUUGGCUGAGGACUUGGCCUCAGCAUCUGUUGUGUGUGUGUGCACGUCUGCUCUGGGCCAUCAGGCACAGGCCAUGGGGUCGAGGGCCGUCUCUGGAGCCCACAGGGCCUCUGUGGGUGUGUCCACGAGCAGCCCACCUGUGCACACAGCAGCCUCCUGCCCCCAACCCCAAGGCCAGGAAGGAGCGCCUUGGGAGUGAGCUGCCCCUGAAAGCCAGCUUCACAGCCCCCAAUGCUGGGCUGCCCUGGGCUGCUUCUCACCUUGGGCCUUGGGAGGACCUAGAGAGAGGGCUGCGUCCUGGAGCAGGUGGCUGCCUCCGGGUGCUCUGUGCCUGUAUCUUGCCACCCCCUGUGUCCCAGUCUUACCCAGGUGACUCCACUCUCACUGUUUGCCCUCCCCCAGGCCGGGGGGGUUACUCCUGGGUGAGUCCCAGGGGCCACAGGGCUCUGCAGGGAGCUGUAGCCACUCACGGCCCUUCUUGCCCCAGGGCUGGGCUGGUCCUGGGCAGACUCCAGUCAGGUGACUGCAGUGGUCAGCCACACUUACCUGCCAGGGGCUGGACAAAGGCUCCACUGGUCUCCCUCCUCCUAGGCAGCUUCCUGACCACAGAGGGCCAUUGCCAGCAGCCAGGUGACACGCAGCCUGGUCUCUCAGAGCCAGACCCAGGGGACUGUCCCCAGGUCCUCGCCCAUGCCCACAUCCUGAUGCCUUCUGCAGCCUGGCCCCAGGGAGGCACAGAGGGCCCUGCCCAGUGCCCUGCAGGUCUCACCCUCCUCUGGGUCCCCCUGCUGGUCCCUGGGAACCAACAGACUGCCUCCCCUGAGCCAGCCUCCCCAGGGAACCCCGAUGGGUAAGUACUGACUUUCAGAGACCCAUGGACGCGGGUCUGAUCCCGGAUGUAGUAAGAAGUCCUAAGGGAAAAGAUGGGUCCAUGCAUCUCCAAGUUCUCGGAAGGACCUCGUGUCUGGUUUUGUCUGGGGACUGGGGCUGGAACUUGGACAAGACCACUGAGCUGCAUCCCCAGCCCUCCAGCGGACCUUGGGAAGCGGCUUGGGUUUUUGCUCUUGGAUGGUGAAUUAAAGGAUGGAAACUACGGAGCUCA